AUGAACCCCUCCAAAAUACAAAUCUAUCCUGGGGGCUCGUUAGCAUAUAGAAACUGGUGGCACUCGCGAGUAGCAGAAGAAAACCUGGAACUUACUAGUAAUAGUCCCGAGGAAACAGAAGAAGAACUCGAACUCGAGCGACAGAUAGAGGCUGUGGUUGUCAAGAUACAAACACUACAGGAAGCAUGCUCUGCAGCACGAGACGAACACUCGGAACUGUGCAUAAAGCUGGAAGCGACGAGAGACCGUAUUGUUCAAAAUACACACCCGAGACCUGUUACUGCUGUUCCCGACGAUAUCCUGCUUCAAAUCUUCGAAUUAGGCUCCCUCACCGGCCCGGAACUGUUCAUCAAGUCCCGAUUUGAUAAUUUACAUGCGACGCCACUCUGGAAUAUCUUCCCGAUGAAUGUCUCGCAGGUUUGUCGACGCUGGCGUAUGGUUGCUAUCAAUCACCCCAAGCUUUGGACACGGUACCUUGCGCACAAUACUCCCACCCAGGAAACCCCGGCACUGGACUGCUGGUUAAGUCGUUCAGGAAACAUGCCAUUGCAUCUCCAUCUACGGUGCAGUGCCAAUCCCGUGAAUGGGUGCUACUCGACCAGACACGGACCAUGCCCUCGAUUCCGCAAGCCCGUACGAGAGAUGUCUCGGCGCCUCGUUUCUCUUUCUGUCGAAGGAUGUAUCCACACCUGCAUGCAUGCGAUUUCGGAUUUGGGCCCCAGUGCUCCACUGCUCCGCGAAAUUCGUGUGAAGACAGGCAACUGUUUGAACAGGCGUAAUGACCAGGCAGAUCCUAAUGUGCUGUCCAAGCGAGUUUUGACCCCUGGCCUAACGGAUGCCCAUUUGGAAGGGUUCCCUGCGCUUCUUCGGAUGAUUGACACUAGUCGGCUCGCCCAUCUUACGCUUGGAUGCUCUCUACGUACCCGCGAGUUGCACACCAUGAGGAUGGACUUGGACCUCUUUCUCAACGUGAUUAAGACGUUGUCAGAACUCCGAUCGCUCAUCAUCAACUCUUUUGUAUUUCCUGCAAUAUCUGAAUUGGAAGAUGAUCAAGCACUCGGUUAUCUUCCUAAUCUUACCACCUUGAAAUUACUCACUGCUCCAAUCGGGCAUCACUACGCAUGGAUGGCACAAAUCCGUAUGCCUGUGCUGGAGUCUUUGGAGAUAGCGUCAGCAUGGUCGGAUGACAACGCGGUAUUGGCGGGCGGAUACAGGGAGGAAGAGCGGGCUUUCUUUUCAACCGUUCCGAGCGUCGAACGCGUUGUCGUGACAUACCGGCCCCAAGUGUCAACAGUCGUCCUGCUGCUCCUUGAAGGGUUCCUGUCUCAUCUACAAACCUUGACGGUACACAUGGAUAUGGAGAAUCAUCACCGGACCACCCCAGUCGAGUGGACAAAAGACAUCCCGCGUAGAGUGGCACUCCUGGUUCAGCGGCGCUGGGAGCAGGACAAGAUGCUUUCCGAAGUGCUGGUCGAUCCUCCUCUAUUCGAAGGGGAGGCGGCGAACAAGAAUUACGCUCUGGAGCUUCUGAAGCCGAUGGACGAGAUAGGCGAGGUGGCAGAGUUUGGUCUUGAAGACCUGUUCGAUGCCGUUUAUGAUGUCCACGUAUCACCGGCUUCAUGAAUCACUCACGGUAGGUGCAGGUGCACACUUUGCUGGCUGUAUUCUGUAUAGGCGGUUUUCCGUCUCGGUGUCGUGGCCAUGUUGCCGUUUUCAUAUGAUUUAGUCCCUCUAUACAUAAUGAAGAGAGCAUCGUGUAAAUUC